UACGUGAUGUUCUCGUGCAAGCAAUAUAGUAUGAACACAUGAUUACACAGUUAACUAAAUUAAACCAUUGCUAAGCUGCUAAUUAUCCAGCCAUGGCAGUUUGGUGGAGGAAUAUAAGCAGCUCAAGGAAGCAGCUAAGCUAUCUGUGUAGCAGAGACAUUCCAUCAGUUCAAAAAUUACGUUAUCAAUCAACAUUGAGGUGCAAAAUUUCUGAUGCUGUUCCAGAUAUACGUAGAGUGAACAAGAACAUCACAAAUUUGAUUCGAAAUGGUCGAUUAGAGGAUGCUCGGGUAUUAUUUGACGAGUUAACACAUCGAAAUACAGUUACUUGGAACUCAAUGAUUAGUGGGUAUGUGCAGCAGCGUGAGAUUGUGAAAGCACGGUACCUGUUUGAUGAAAUGCCGCAGAGGGAUGUUGUUUCUUGGAAUUUGAUGAUUUCUGGUUAUUUGUCUUGUAGAGGGAGAGGGUAUUUGGAGGAGGGUAGGAAUCUGUUUGGUGAAAUGCCUGAGAGAGAUUAUGUUUCUUGGAAUACUAUGAUUAGUGGGUAUGCUAAAUGUGGGAGAAUGGAUGAAGCGUUGGAGGUUUUUGAGUGUAUGCCUGUGAAAAAUGUUGUGUCUUGGAAUGCGGUGAUUUCGGGUUUUUUGCGUAAUGGGGAUGUGAAAACUGCUGUUGAGUAUUUUAAGAGAAUGCCAGUGAGGGAUUCGGCGUCUUUUAGUGUACUUGUAUCCGGUUUGAUACAGAACGAGGAAUUGGAUGAGGCGGAACAUUUUCUGUAUGAAUUUGGAGAGUGUAAUGAUGGGAAAGAAGAUAUGGUUCAUGCAUAUAACACUUUGAUUGCCGGAUAUGGUCAGAAAGGAAGAGUUGGUGAUGCUAGACGCAUUUUUGAUAACGUUCCAUCUUUUAGUGGUCAGGGAAAUAGCAAAAAGAAGAGAUUUGAGAGGAAUGUGGUAUCGUGGAAUUCCAUGAUCCUGGCUUAUAGCAAAGCAGGAGAUUUGGUUUCUGCAAGAGAACUUUUUGAUCAGAUGACGGAGAGGGAUAUAUUUUCAUGGAACACAAUGGUUUGUGGCUAUGUCCAUGCGUCAAAUAUGAGUGAAGCAUCAAGCCUGUUUUCUAAAAUGCCAAAUCCUGAUGUACUAACAUGGAAUUCAAUCAUCUCUGGAUAUGCACAGGCGGGAAAGUUGGAAUUGGCACGUGAUUAUUUUGAAAGGAUGCCCCACAAGAAUCGGGUUUCUUGGAAUUCAAUGAUCUCGGGGUGUGAAAGAAAUGCAGACUAUGAAGGAGCAAUAAAGUUAUUCAGGGCGAUGCAACAGGCAGGAGAGAAACCUGAUAGACACACACUUUCCUCACUUCUAAGUGUUUGUGCUGAAACUGUGGCAUUGUUUCUGGGUAUGCAGAUUCAUCAGCUAGUGACAAAGACUGUUAUACCAGAUAUACCUUUAAACAAUUCCCUAAUAACUAUGUAUGCAAAAUGUGGCAAAAUACAUGAAGCAAGGGCAAUUUUUGAAAAGAUGAAAUUUCAAAAGGACGUAAUCUCAUGGAAUGCAAUGGUCGGAGGAUAUGCAUCUCAUGGUUUUGCAUUUGAAGCACUAGAGCUUUUUGAAUUAAUGAAGUGCCUGAAAGUGAGGCCAACUCACAUCACGUUCAUUUCAGUUCUGAAUGCAUGUGCUCAUGCUGGUUUAGUGGAUCAAGGUCGGUUAUAUUUUAAAUCUAUGGAAUAUGAAUUCGGCAUCAAACCUGAGAUUGAACAUUUUGGCUCCCUUGUGGAUAUUGUUUGUCGUGAUGGGCAGCUUGAAGAGGCCAUGAAAGUGAUUAACACUAUGCCAGUGGAGCCAGAUAAGGCUGUCUGGGGUGCAGUACUAGGUGCUUGUAGGGUGCACAACAAUGUUGAGUUGGCACGAAUAGCAGCUGAAGCGCUAAUGCGCCUGGAACCAGAGAGUUCAGGCCCUUAUGUUUUGCUGUAUAACAUGUAUGCUGAUGCUGGAAGGUGGGAUGAUGCAAAUGAAAUCAGGAUGUUGAUGGAAACAAAUAAGAUAAGGAAGGAGCCCGCUCAUAGCAGGGUCGGCUCUACUUCCUCAUAGUGAUAUCCGAAAUUGUGAAUCUUGAUCACUCGAAGAAUUUGGACCGAGUUGACUAUGUUGGGGCU